AUGGAACAAAGAAAUAACAUUUUUCAAGCAAAAUAUAAUGAGUACAAGCAAAUUUUAGAAGAAUUGCAGGCAAAGAUUAUAGAAUUAGGUCAUGACAAAGAUGAACAUGACGUAGUUCUCAAAACAUUGAAGAAUGCUGAACCGGUAAGGAAAUGCUACAGGAUGAUAGGUGGCGCACUUGUGGAAAGUGAUGUUCAAACAAGUUUACCUGUUCUUGAAACUAAGAAAGAAAAUCUAGAAGGUACAAUCAGUCAAAUGAAAGAGACUUUAAUAAAAACUGCACAAGAUUUUGAAAAAUGGAAGAAAGAUAAUAAGAUUCAAGUUGUUAAAAACUAA